AUGCUCGAAAGCGCAGAGCUGAACUUCAACGCCGACCACGGCUACCUGGAGGGCUUGGUGCGCGGCUGCAAGGCCGGCCUCCUGACCCGGCAGGACUACGUCAACCUGGUCCAGUGUGAGAACCUGGAAGAUCUGAAAAUUCAUCUCCAGACCACCGAUUAUGGCAACUUCUUGGCUAAUCAAGCCGCUCCUCUUACUGUUUCCGUUAUUGACACGGAGAUGAGGAAAAAGCUGUGCAGAGAGUUUGAAUAUUUCCGGAAUCACUCCUUGGAGCCGCUAAGCACCUUUUUCACAUACAUGACGUGCAGUUACAUGAUAGACAACGUGAUUCUCCUGAUGAACGGCGCUCUGCAGAGCAAACCCGUGAAGGACAUCCUGGGGAAGUGCCACCCUCUCGGCCACUUCACGGAAAUGGAGGCGGUCAACAUUGCAGAGACACCUUCUGACCUCUUCAACGCCAUUCUGGUCGAGACACCCUUAGCUCCAUUCUUUCAAGACUGUACGUCUGAAAAUGCUCUAGAUGAACUGAAUAUUGAAAUCCUGCGUAAUAAACUGUACAAGGUGCCUCCCAUUGGUCAAACCUAA